AUGGAGAGUUGUCCAAAAUGUGAUUUUUCACGAUGGAAGGUCGAUCAACGCACCAAUAAAAUUAAAAAAGGGGUUCCUGCUAAAGUGCUAAGAUAUUUUCCUAUAAUCCCAAGGUUUAGGAGGAUGUUCAGGUCAUCACAAAUGGCUGAAGAUUUAAGGUGGCAUUCUGCUCAUAAAAGUGAAGAUAGCAAGAUGAGACACCCAGUUGAUUCUUGCUCAUGGGACUUGGUAAAUAAUAAGUGGCCACUCUUUUCAUCAGAUCCUUGCAAUCUGAGACUAGGUCUAGCGGCUGAUGGUUUCAAUCCAUUUCGUAAUUUGAGUUCUACGUACAGUUGUUGGCCCGUGAUGCUAGUUGUAUAUAACUUCCCACCAUGGUUAUGUAUGAAAAGAGAAAAUGUUAUGUUGACAUUAUUGAUUCCAGGAAAAAAGCGACCAGGUAAUGACAUUGAUGUAUAUUUACAACCGCUUAUAGAAGACCUGCAAGAGUUGUGGAAUAAUGGGGUGAAUAUUUAUGAUGCUUUCACAAAAACUGUUUUCAAUUUGAGGGCAAUUUUGUUAUGGACAAUAAAUGACUUUCCAGCAUAUGGAAAUCUCUCUGGGUGUACUACGAAGGGUAGAAUAGCAUGUCCUAUAUGUGGCAACAAUACAUAUUCACAGUGGCUAACAUUUAGUAGGAAGUUUGCAUACAUGGGCCACAGGUGCUUCCUUCCGCCAUCUCACCCUUUUCGAAAGAAAAAAACUUGGUUUGAUGGUAAGGAAGAAAAGAGAAGAAAUCCAAAAAUCAUGACUGGCAACAACAUUUGGGUUUCUAUUAAAGACAUGAAGAAUGAUUAUGGAAAAAGUGGAAAGAAGAAGCAAAAGCGAGAUAAUGAACCUAUUCAAACGUGGAAAAAGAGGUCAAUUUUUUUUGAAUUACCUUAUUGGAAGGAACUUACAUUACGUCAUAACUUAGAUGUAAUGCAUAUAGAGAAAAAUGUUUGUGAGAGCAUCAUUGGCACCUUGUUGGAUAUCAAUGGAAAAUCGAAGGAUGGUCUCAAUGCUCGUAAGGAUUUACAAGAAAUGGGAAUACGACACGACUUGCAUCCAACAGACCAUGGGACUAGAACAUACCUCCCUGCAGCUGCACAUACACUAUCAAGGACUGAAAAGAAAAUAUUUUGCAAGAGGUUAUUUGACCUAAAGUUACCCGAUGGGUAUAGCUCAAAUAUUGGGAAUUCUUUGAAAGGAUUAAUGCCGAAAGGACCAAGAAAUGCCAUACUUCGGUUAUGUUCAUUCUUCAACAGAAUAUGUCAACGAGUCCUUGAUAGAGAACAAAUAGCGGCCCUCGAAGAACAAGUCAUUGAAACCUUAUGCAUGUUUGAAAGAUAUAUGAAGAUACUCAAAGGAUAUGUUAGGAAUCCUGCACGACCUGAAGGCUGCAUCGCAGAAUGCUAUCUUGCAGAUGAGUGCAUGUCAUUUUGUAAUAAAAAUAUGAAGACAACUAUUGAAGUAGAUUAUCAAGUAGGCCGCAAUCAAGAUUUUGAUAAUGAUGUGAUUCUUGAAGGUCGUCCAAUUUCAGGUGGAACAUCAAUCACAUUGAGUGAUGAAUUGUUGGAAACUGCACAUCGUUGCAUUCAGUUUCAUACCCCAUCAACUAAUGAGUUGGACAAUGAUGAGGUGGACAAACUAAAAUGGCUUGCAUAUGGUCCUAGAAAGUAUGCAAUGUCCUAUAAUGGAUAUAUAAUUAAUGGGCAGCGAUUCCACACAAAGGAAGCAGAGAAGUCAACUCAAAAUAGUGGUGUUUCUAUUGAAGCUAGCACCAUGUGCAGAGCAAGUGCAAAGGACACUUCACAAGUUGUUGAUGUCGUUGCAUAUUAUGGUGUGAUCAGAGAUAUAAUUUUAUUAGAUUACCAUACAUUUCAACUUCCAAUAUUCAAGUGUGAUUGGACAAAUAUUGGACAUGGUGUUAGAUUUGAAGAUGGUUUUACACUUGUUAAUCUACCCCAAGAUGAGAACCAAUAUGAGAGGAAGCCUUUUAUAUUGGCCUCACAAGCAAAACAAGUGUUUUAUUCGAGAGAAACUGAUUCAUCGAAUUGGUAUGUUUUACUAAAGGCAUCGCCAAGAGGUUAUUAUGAGUUGGAAAUGUAUGAUGAGAAUGAGGAUAUGUCUUCCAGGCCACAACACGUUUCAUCACUUGAUUUGAACAUCGAUGAUGAUAAUGACGAAGGUAGUUUUGUGAGAGAAGAUUGUGAGGGCAUAUUGGUGUGA